AUGGCCACUGGAUAUCAAAAUAGCUAUGGCAGUGACUGGACUCGCCAGCGCACCUUUGACAAUGGGACAGAUAUCGACAUGGCCACGGAACUUGGCACCACCUUAUCUGCGUCAACUUCGGCACCCGCGCCAGCGCCUCAACGCUUAUCAUUUGCUCGCCAUCCUUCUGUGAUUGGUUCCUCACUCAGCCCAGCUCCAUUGCUUGAAAAAAUUGUUCGACCCGCCAACCAAAAUAUAGGCGAUGGGAUUGUAUUCGGAACCAUGGCUCAUAACGACUCAUUACAGAAGGAUUCCUCUUCAUACGAUCAAUCGCCCAGAGACAUGCAAGCGGUAUUGGACGGCUUGACAUCGAAGCCGUUGGGGCUUACUGACUUCAAACGAUUCCUGAACCAAAUCCGCCGAGGUGCAUACGCAGAAGAAUGCAACAGUUGGAUCAGCUACGCUCCAAUUCUGGUAGAUUUUCUAUUGGAUUUCAAGAUCUAUGCGGACGGUUUUGCCCGCUUGUCCUUACGUGACCAAUCGAAAUGUCCUCACCCUUUUGAAAUCAUUUGCCAUUUGAACUCUCAAAAUCUUCAAGCUCCGACGGAUUCUAGUGACAUCGACUUCAGUAACGGGCAAGAUGGCGAUUUCUCAGAGUUUGAAAAAGCAGCCCGUGAACUAUUGGAGAGCAUGUCUGAGGACUUUGACGACAACCCAAGCCAUGAGUAUCCUGAUACUCGCACCCCCACAGCGGAAGCCGGAAUACCAAACCGGUCUGCGCAACGCAAAGUCAAUUGGGCCCCCUCAGUACGUUCCAACAAUCACCAGUAUGACCCAGAUUGGGAUUCUACGGGAUCUACUCUCUCCGCGACUUUGCACGAAGGCUCUAUUCUAAGAGCAGCCCGGCACAACUCUAAAGCAACCUCACAAUUCUCUUCGAGCGUUCUAAUGGAAAGGCUGAAAGGUGUCGAGCCCGAACACCAACCCAUGAGGGAUUCCUUCAAUAGUCUUGUAAGCAAAUAUCUGGGAAGCUCGACUUCAUUCAAGCAACGGGAUGGUUUGCUCUCAAGCUGCGAAGACAUCAACUUUGAAUCGAUUCAGCGCGCAAUCUUGGAAGCGAAAUAUACGAACCAUCCAGCUGUGCUAUCUGGAAUCGUUGCAGAUAUUCUUGUUGGGCUAAAUGUGCAUGUCUUGCCCGCAUUUGUUGCUUUUUCCAUCACAAACCGAAACACCCCGAACAAUACCAAAAGCAACACUCUCUGGGGCUCGUUCAUGGUAUUAAUCGCCUUCAUCUUUAAUUUAUUGAUGAUGAUUGUUCCCUCUCCGCUAAUGACUCCAUGGAAAAUGGACAAGCCAAUACCGAAACUCUACCGACUUCUUUUAUUCCCUCUACUUUGGAUGGGUUUUGCUUUGAUAAUGAAAGAUUUUAUCAAGAAUUACUGUCUCUUAUGCUGGGAAAAUAAAUUUAAAUCUCUCGAAUCCGGCUUUCGAUCGGAUCAUCAGGCAGUUCAGGUUGGCUUACAUACUCAAGACAAGGUAACAAAGCUCGCAAAAGACGCUCAAAGUCAACCCGUAAAUUCGUAA